AUGGACAUCGACGUGGAUGCAUUUGUCAAGAAAUGCCGUGGAUGCACGUUGGUCUCUGCUCCCGAUCCACCCGAACCGAUGAGUCGCCGAAACCUACCGUCUGGACCUUGGCAGGACGUCGCUAUAGACUUCUUGGGCCCACUACCGGAAGGCCAAUUCCUGCUGGUUGUUGUGGACUACUAUAGUCGUUAUUUUGAGGUGUGUGAGAUGUCCAGUAUAACUGCCGAAAGCACGAUUGAAGAGUUGAGAACUAUAUUUUGCCGCUUCGGUGUUCCCAUCACUCUAACGGCAGAUAAUGCACCACAACUGAGCGAAGACUGUGAGCAGUUUGCUGAAUUUUGUCGCAGCUACGGGAUCAAACUCAUAAACACCGUUCCUUAUUGGCCCCAGAUGAACGGGGAAGUGGAGCGCCAAAACAGGACAAUCCUCAAGCGGUUGCAAAUUUCUCAGGAGCUGGGACAAGAUUGGCGGGUUGAACUGCAGACGUUUUUGCUCACCUACCGGGCUUCAAAUCACUCAACAACUGGUCGCUCACCUGCCGAAAUGAUGUUUGGGAGACGGAUCCGAACAAAACUCCCACAGCUGUCAAACAUUCGUGUUGAUGAUGAGGCUGCUCGAGACCGCGAUGCAGUGCAAAAAGAAAAAGGGAAAGAAUACAGUGACAGCAGAAGGGGAGCUAGGCCCGCCAAACCUGCCAACCCGAAGGCCAAUCAUCACCGUCGGUUCGUUUCCGACCUCCCUGGCAUACCACCGAGUGUCACCGAAGGCCAAACACCGCCGUCGGUUCGUUUCCGACCUCCUGGACCUCCAGCCGAAGGUCAGCAAGGGGCCAUCACUACCGUCGGUCCGUUUCCGGCCUCCCCAGCAUCCGCUCCCGAGAGUCACCGAAGGGCCUGCAGUAGGUUUGUGUCCGACCACCCACAGCAUCCGAGAAAAACCACGAUCGAAGUCCAGACCGCAAAGGUCAAAUGCAAGGCGUAG